AUGAAAAAAAUAUGGCCAUUGACUGAAACAAAGGCGUGGGACAGGUUGUACAAUCACCCAACAAAGCGCGAGUCGGCGGCUUCGGAGACGACCACGACCACCCUGCUCGUACCACGAACCUCCUUGGCGCCUCAUCACGACGGUAGACAUCUUCACGCCGAGUAUAUAACAAGUGGAAGCGCUAGCGGUGACCAAUCGCCGGUG